AUGAUAAGAGGUGACUCAUCGACGUCUCCCAUUGCUGGCCACAUGCGCCAACGGUCACGAUACGCAUGUGCGCCAUGUCGGCAGCGUAAGAGGAAAUGUGAUGGGAAAUUUCCCUGCUCGACAUGCACUGGAUAUGGGUAUGAGUGCCAUUACAGUAGUGGUGGUGCCGAAAGUAACACUACAGGUGUCAGUGGACCCACGGCCCAGAUAUCAAAGCAAGUAGGUCCUGGUUCCGCCAAAAGGAAAUUGUCAGAUGCUGGAUUAGAUGGAGACAGCGCAUCUCCGAGAACUACUGUGCGCCAUAAACCGAAACCAGCAUCAGGCUCGCGCGGCUUCGGAGACGAGGUUGCAACUAUCAACAAAGACCGCGUCGCGACAUCUGCAGCAAAUGGACUGAUGAUACCCUCCAAAUGCAGGUAUAUCGGUCGACACUCAGCAGUCGCAUUCCCCCAAUGGUUGGGCAAGAAUCUCCAGUCUAGGAGUCCGCCUAGAGUACAUUCAUUUGCAUAUAACACAGGUAUCAGAAAAGAGCUUCCAUAUUCCGUCACUUUCCAUAUACAAGACUACAUCACCUGGGCCGAGGUUCAUGAUUCACUUGACAUCUACACGACUGUAAUUGACCCUGUUUUCGGGUUUGUUGAUAUAGAAGACUUACGUCUGAAAAGCCACGAUCACUGGAACGGGAAGGAUCAAGGAUCCAAUUUCGAGGCUCUGAUCAGCGGUGUCAUAGGCCUCACAUCUCUAUUCUCAGAAGCUCUUUGUGAAAGCCGAGAAUUAAGGGUAAUCCAACAUGCAAAGGAUAUCCUCGAUGAUCCGUUCACGGCCAGAUACCCGCGUCUCGCUACAAUCCAGGCUUGGAUUUUGCGGGUUAUCUAUAUUCGGUCGACGAGUCGGCCUGGUACAGCUUGGUUGUAUAGCUGUAUCAUGAUGCAUUUGUGUGAAACAAUUGGUAUAUACAAAGAACGGGAAGCUCAUGAAGGGAUUGAAGGAAAUUAUUCUCUAGCUCAAUUCAGGGAUAUUUGUGCGCGGGUUAUGAUGGUUGCGCGCUGUCUUCAUUUCAUUAUCUCGUAUGAGCAUGGACGGUCAACAGUUGACGUUGGCCCCGUUCUCGAGCACAACAUUAUCAGGCGCGGUGAACAUGACCUAACCCUUCAACUACAUACACUCGUCAAAACUCUCCCAUCAGACGAUACCACGAUUAUCAGUAAUCAAGACCAUCCCACGCGCAGGCAAGAACUCACCACCGCCCUCACAUCCCUAAUAUCAACCCCAACAACCCACGAAUUCUUCAGCCUCAUCAAAACCGAUCUCUGUUUCUGCAUAUACCGGCGUCUCCGCCUUUUGGAUUUAGGCAUAAAACAAGACCAACUCACCCAAAUAAUACAAGCCGGCAAGAAAGCCCUUCCAGCCUCCCGCAUACUGAUUUUGAGGAAUCAUCCAUGGUGGAACACUGUGGGAACGGUGUUUCAAUUUAUCUGUGUCCUGUUGGCAAUUGAUUCCAGUGAGAGUUUGGGGACGAUACCGGAGGUGAUGGAGACACUUGCGACGAUUGCGAAGCAUCUCAAGACGCAUUUGGCGGAUGAGGCGUUGGGGACGGCGAGGGUGCUGGUGAGAUCGAUGACGGAGAAGAAAAGGAGGGACGCAGCGACACUGGAGAAGACGACGAAUCCGGAGACAUACGUUGCUCCUUCGGCUACUCCAACGAAUACAGAGGGAGAUGAACGACAACCGACUUCAUCGAAUAAUCAUAAUAAUAUCUUGGAUGUUAAUGGCAAUGCAUCAGCGGCAACCGAAACGAAUGUGGCAGAUGCCGUAACAACCCAGGGAGUGGAAGGCUCUAUGCCAUCACAAGAGAUGAGCGGCCUAUUGGACUUCAUGGACCCUCUAUGGAACUGGGAUUCAUUCUUUGAGCCUCCUCUGGCGACGAUGCAGACUACGCCAUUCACGGAAGGAGGUCUUCUUUGA